AAUAUUUCUUCCCGUCCCUUAGACGAGACUGAAACGCAAAUACUUUCUUACGGACUUAAACACUCAGUGACACCUAAACAAAUACCUACUGAGGCUAUUGUAUCUAGCGUUGAGGCCGUUCUGUCUCGCCAACACGAGCCAUCAGAAUCGACCAAGGAUAACAUCAGAAGUAGAGUGACCUCUACUCUGCAAUCAGCCUCAUUACCGAACAUUAACUUGACUUCUGACGAACACAAAGCACUUAAACGACUGAAAAAAGACGAGAACAUAGUCAUACUACCCGCAGAAAAGGGACGGGUGACUGUUGUUAUGGACAAGACAGACUACAACGACAAAAGGGACUCACUUGUUAACGACAAACAGACCUACGAAGUACUUAAACGAGACCCGACACCCGCACUGCAACGCAAACUUAACAGCAAACUGCUUACACUGAAGAAAACCGACAAGAUCGACUUUCGACGCUACAACAGACUGAGGUGUAGUGUUCCGCAGCCACCCAAGCUAUAUGGACUACCAAAACUACACAAACCCAACAUACCUAUGCGGCCCAUAGUUUCUUUCUAUGGUUCCCCAACCUACCAACUGUCUAAAUACUUAACUAACGUACUGAAACCGCUGACUGACGAAUCUAGACACAAACUACAGUCUACUGAGAACUUUAUUGACGCCAUUAAGACAAUGCAGAUACCGGACGACCACAAACUAGUGUCCUUUGACGUGAAAUCGCUGUUCACCAGUAUUCCACUUCAACUGGCUCUAGACUGUACUGAGAACGCUAUUAAAAACUCUACUGUUGAACUACCACUACCUACAGACGACAUUAUGGACCUACUCAACCUCUGUUUGACUUUCAGUACAACGGCAAACACUACAAACAGUUACACGAUACAGCUAUGGGCUCUCCAGUUUCUGUUGUUGUAG